GCAGGGAGGGAGGAGGGUCGGAGCAUCUUGGCUGCAGUGUUUUUGUCUCUCAGUGAGCGCUCCUGGGCCGAGAAGAUUGAAAGGAUUUCCAGAGAGGGGCCAGGUGUUGACUGUUGAGGGAAAGAGAAGGGAGGAAGAGCGAGGAUCUUAGGGAGGAGACAUCCCAUCCUCACAGUGCAAGCAGCUGGUGAGAGUUUGUGUGUGACUGAAAAGCAGCUGCUGGUUCGUCAUGGCUCAGGUGCUGCACAUGGACCCCGGCUUUCCAGGGAAACUCAACUCGCCUGCUCCUCCGACGCUGCACACCAAAGAACAGGAGGCGCCCUACUCAGUGGAGACCCCCUAUGGCUACCGUCUGGACCUGGACUUCCUCAAAUAUGUUAACGACAUAGAAAAGGGCAACACUAUUAAAAAGGUGCCUAUACAGCGCCGGCCGCGCUAUGGCUCCCUGCCUCGGGGGUACGGCUACACCGGCUCCUGGUGGACCUCCACAGAGUCUCUGUGCUCCAACGCGAGCGUGGAGAGCAGGCAUUCCUCUUAUUCCUACUGUGCCCCAGGCUAUCACACAUUACAGAGACCCAGCUUUAGCACAGCUCGGGUGGAGAAGACCCUUUUAGAUGCUCGCAGGAAGCUGGAGGAGGAGAAAGAAGGGAGGAGAUUCUCAAACCUCGGCAGCAUGAACAACAGUAUGGCAGGGUCUAACACCUCUCUUAGCAGUGCGCACAGCUUCAACCGGGCACACGGUGGAGGUGGGACUUUCACUCCUAUGAGCUCAGGCCUGUCCACACCAGUGACUCCGACCCCUGCGCAUUUGCAACAUGUCAGAGAGCAGAUGGCCGCAGCCCUGAGGAAGAUAAAGGAGCUGGAGGAGCAGGUGAAGACCAUCCCUGUGCUGCAAGUUAAAAUCUCUGUGUUGCAGGAGGAGAAAAGGCAGCUCAGCGUUCAGCUCAAAAGCCAAAAGUUUCUUGGACACACUCUGGGUUUUAGCCGAGGUCGAAACCGUGGGGAGCUGUACAUCGACAUUCCUGAGGAGGAGGUAGGCACGGGAGCUAAAAGCACCAACAAGACAACAGAGCCAUUGUCUCCAACUGAAGUCUCUAAGCAAGAUUCAGGCUGUGAAAUUGAGGACACAGUGAUUGUGGGUGGAGCCCGACCAGAUGCUAAGAGAGAAGUUCGCACCAUUGGAGUUGGACCAGAGGGGUCUAGGGGCAGUCGUGAUGUGGGGGUCUGGGUUCGAGAGAAGGAUCUGGGUCUUCUCCCAGAGGCUGAGGUGCUCAAAGAUCAAGUUGGUCAGCUUGAGGGGAAGCUAACGAGGACUCUGCAAGAACUGCAGGCUGCACAGCUGCAAAAGGCUCCACAGGCAGAGCAUCCGGUAAUGGAAACCAGCAUUGGGUGGCAGGAACCACAAGGCAGCAGUCUGCACACUCUGGUCAGCUUCACACAGCAGCCACAGCAGAGGGAGCAGAGAACUGUGGGGAUCCAGGUGUACACACUGGAGAAACCUACAGUAGUGGAGGUAGGCACGCUGCUCCGAGCAGAAACCUGCAGCUCUCCCUCACUUCAGCCAGCUGGUGGAGUUACAGAAGGUCACCACAAAGGACAAACUGAAGUUCCCGUUGAGUUGCCAAUUGCAGUCAGCUCCAAGCAGGUCCGUGACGUCCUGAAAAGUGGGCUAUCCACAUCUGUACCUGUCAGUAAUCCUGCCAUCGCUGUAGCAUCUGGUGAUCAGAUUGGCUUGGUGCAAACCAAAGAAGAGUCUUCCGAGGUCUUUUCUAAAUCAGCCUCAUCUCCCCAGUCCUCGCUGAGAUCAAUUAUGAAGCGGAAAGCAGAAGGUGAACCAGGCUCCCCCUCUACAAAGAAAAACCUGCAGUUCAUUGGAGUCAAUGGAGGGUACGAGUCCACCUCUUCAGAUGACAGCAGCAGUGAGAGUUCAGACGAUGGGAGCGACUCCAGUGAAUAUCAUGAAGCAAGAGAAAAACUUCCAGACUCCACCAAUCAGCUCCAGCGUAUAACUGUUAAUAAAACUUCCCAACCCCAAGAAGAAAGCACCAGUGUACCUCAACAAACUGCCAUAAAAAUGCCAGCUAUAACCCAUUUAGAGGACACAAAACUGCCGGAAAAUGCUCAUCAUUCACCAGCAACUGACUCUGUUGAGCGAAAAUGUGCCUCCCACACAUCGACGACAAACUCCACCUCAACACCUCAAGCCAAGGAUUCUGCCUCCUCUGUGGACCAAAUAGCAGAUAAGCACACUGUUACCCAGGAGAUCACUUCCACAUCACCCAACUCUGAAUCUGCACCAAUCACCAUUAAGUGUUCUUCAAUAUGCAUCACUAGAUCUGCAGAGGUAAACGCUCUGUCACAAAUGUCUACCACCUCCUGUCAGCCAGAGUCCAAAGCAGCACCUGAGAGCGUUAAACAGGAGUCCUCUAAACCAGUCAGGCUGGAGCUGAGUGAAAGCCUGAUGUCAGCUCUCUAUACUCUGCAGAAAGCCCUGGGGGACCCCAAUGCUUUCAGCCAACAAGCAGCAAGGACGGCCUACACCAUCGUCCUGCAGGAGUGGCUGCGUGUGUCCUGUCACAAGGCAGCCAACACAGCGGACGUCAAGGCCUACAUGGACACCUUUGCCUCCAUCUCCCCUCAGCUGCUGGAAUUUGUGAUCAACAUGGCAGAUGGCAAUGGGAACACGGCGCUGCACUACACUGUCUCACACUCCAACUUCCCUGUGGUCAAACUUCUGCUGGACACUGGCCUGUGCAAUGCUGACAAGCAGAACAAGGCCGGCUACACAGCCAUCAUGUUGACGGCUCUGGCUGCCUUUCACUCUGACAGCGACCUCCAAACUGUCCUGCAGCUGCUGCGCACCGGGGACGUCAAUGCUAGAGCCAGCCAGGCUGGUCAGACAGCGCUGAUGCUCGCCGUGAGUCACGGGCGAGGGGAUAUGGUCCGAGCGCUGUUGUCCUGCGGAGCUCAGGUCAACAUCCGUGAUGAUGAUGGCUCCACUGCCCUCAUGUGUGCCUGUGAGCAUGGUCAUGUGGACAUUGUUCGUCAGCUACUCUCUGUCCCAGGCUGUGAUGCGACACUCACCGAUAACGACGGCAGCACUGCUCUGUCCAUCGCACUGGAGGCCAGCCAAAACGACAUUGCUGUACUUCUGUAUGCCCACCUUAACUUUGCCAAGCCUCCUUCACCUGUGUCUCCUAAGUCUCCUCUCUUGGGUUCCUCUCCUCCAUCUGGUGAACCAAAAUAAACUCGUCUCCUGCAGCUCGCAGCAGCUUCCACUCAUGUUUCUCCAUCCACGUAAUUUAGAAAAAACAGUGUGUCUGUUCAUGCGUUUGUUUCACUCUGAAAGUUUUAGGUACAUCGCAUUGUGCAUAUAAUAAUAACAUGACAGCUUAAAACAUUGUCAUAUGUUAGUUUUGUUCUGUCUUUGUCAUUUAGUCUCAUCAGUCUGACAUUGUAACGUUUCAGUUCUUUACACUGUUUUUUUUUUGGUGGCACUUAAAAGUCAAAACUGUUAACAAAUUUCAUUAUCCUGAUUAUGUUGAGUCAUUUCUCAUUUUAUUCAUAAUCUGUCUCAUUUGAGAUUCUAUUAGGGGAAAAAUCUGUUCUGCAGUAUCACCAUUAUGUGUGAUCAUUACUGCCAUUUGGAAUAACAAAAGCCAGCCCUCUCAUAAGUGUCCUUGCAUCAACUAGCUCAUUGGUGCUGCUAAAUAAUAAAACAAAAGACACCACCUCCACAUUCUGUCAAUAUUUAUACACAGGAUUUAUUUACAGAGUAUUUUUCUAUCUUUUUUUUUAUUAUUCUUUUUCAGGACCUCUGAUUCUAAUCUUGUUUCCCACGCAGUGGAAAAUGUCUAACUAGACGAUGAAUAAAAAUUUUAUGCAUUGGCAAAUUAUACCAAAAGAUUUGUCUCUUCCCUCAACUUUAAGACUGUGUGUAAUACACAGUCUUUUUUUAAUUUAUAGUCAGGAAGGUAUCUUCAGCAGUGGUAAGAAGAGAUUAGAUUGUAUCUGUUUAUGCAACGUGUUUUUGUAAGAUUAACUGGGUUGAACAGUGACUGAAGGCGCUAGAGAAGCUUGUAGGUCUCGUCAGGGAAACGGCAAGUGAGUGCUGAGUUUUAAGUGUGUCUUGUGUAAGAUAUAAAUACUGAAAUAAUAUAUGUCAACGCAAACUCAGAAUGGUAAUGCCUAAAGUCUAACUCAACAAAAGUGCAUAGGCUGUUGAUGUCAAAAUGUCUUUUACUUUUUAAAAGUUUUUUCCACUUUUUUCAUAUCCUCUUUUUAGUGGAGAAUUUUUGAUAAACUUUGGAGUUUUUAAUUUAAGUAUCUAUCUUUUUUAUACAUAUCGAGUUUUUAACCUCACUCCAAUUGUAUGUAAUAGCACAAUUCUGUUUUUUCUCUGCUGGUUUCUGUAAAUUAUAGACUCUGUCCUCUGUAAUAUGUGCGUUUUGAAAAACUACUUAAUAAAUGUGGAACACGUG